AGCCGAUCUUGCUCGAUUACUUUUCCUGCGUUGUGAGUGGAUUAGUACGCCUGCGCAAAAAUCGCUUUCGAUACACCUGAGCGAUCUCAAGAUUAUUCUGCAAAGAAGUCUUGAAAGCAUUUGGGUGGUUGAGCAGGAGAGACCAGAGUUAUUAUUUGCCUCCCAACUAAGAUAAUGAAAUCUUGAGGGUUUGUGUAGUGUAGCGUUCAUCAUGCAAGCUGUGAACAGAUGUUGGGUCGCUUUGAGGUGGAGAAUGCCCCUGCGCUGUUCGGCGCUCCCUCUGGGGAGCAGCCUGCUCUCCACUCCGGCCAGACCCCACUUUCAGUGCCAGACGGCUCUCUUUCACCAAAGUGAAGCCAAAGCCGGUCCCGAUCCAAACAAGAUCACUCCAGUGUCGUCGCUGGUGUCCGGGUUGGACGGCGAUCUCUCUGCGAUGGGGAUGUGGUCUCUGGGGCUGGGAGCUGUGGGGGCGGCCCUGGCUGGAAUCUUCUUGGCCAACACCGACCUUUGUCUUCCAAAAGCCGCCAACGCAUCCCUGGGGUUUCUUGAAGAGGCCGACCUGCGCUGCACCCUCGACCACAACAAGGUCAUCAAAGCUAAGAGUCUGUGGGACAAGAACGGAGCUGUGGUCAUGGCUGUACGGCGUCCUGGAUGAUUUUUGUGCAGAGAGGAGGCCUCUGAGCUCUCCUCUCUGAAGCCCCAGCUGGAAGAGCUCGGGGUCCCUCUGGUCGCCGUGGUGAAAGAGAACCUCGGCUCAGAGAUCCAGGACUUCCGACCGCACUUCGCCGGGGACAUCUAUAUUGAUGAAGAGAAACGUUUCUACGGUCCGCUGCAGAGGAGGAUGGGAGGCCUGGGCUUCAUUAGAAUUGGAGUGUGGCAGAACUUCAUCAGGGCGUGGAAGUCUGGUUAUCAGGGUAACAUGAACGGAGAGGGUUUCAUCCUCGGAGGCGUGUAUGUCAUCGGAGCAGGAGAGCAGGGAAUCCUCCUGGAGCACCAGGAAAAGCAGUUUGGAGAUAAAGUGGACACGGCAGAUGUUCUGAAGGCUAUACAGAAAAUUGUCCCUGCAAAAUAAGUUUGGUUAGGAUUAGAGAAAGAUGAUUGUGAAUUCUUUUUGUCAGCAUGCUUAGCUGGUUAUGAACAAAUGAUAGUGUCUAAUGUCUAAAUAUUUUGAUGUUGCGUUUAAAGUGUGAACUGCAGGAUGACGUUCCCGUCCCUGCAUGGAGCUAGAUUUGGGGCAUUAAGGGGUUUAAAUGCAGCAUUUUCAUUCAGGUAGUCCUAAUCUUGAAAUAUUUCAAAAACUACUUUAAAAAAAUGUCUAGAUUUUAUUUUGAUUGUUUGCUAGCAACAGUUUAAAGCUUCAUUUGCUUCGCAGGCAGCUGAAUUAUCUCAGGGAUGAAAGGCAGAAGUGUUUGAAUCUGUAUGUGUCAUAAUGACAACCUGACUCUAAACUCAGCUGUGAGAGGAGCGGGUUCGAUGCCCCGACACGUGCACAGGUGUCAGCUUCUGUCCUCACGAUGAGAAGAGUUCGUGAUGCUUGCAGACAAAAAUUCAGAUUCUUGUAUAUUAGAUAGUUUGUAUUAGAAAUGGAUUCAUUACAAGACCACUCAUAAAUAAAUAAAGAUCACUAUGUCUGA